UUCCGGCCCCUCCCGGCCGGCCCGCGGGCGCGAGCGGGCUCAAGAUGGCGGCCGAGCUGGAGUACGAGUCCGUGCUGUGUGUGAAGCCCGACGUCAGCGUCUACCGGAUUCCGCCGCGGGCCUCCAACCGCGGCUACAGGGCAUCUGAUUGGAAAUUAGACCAGCCUGAUUGGACUGGUCGCCUCCGAAUCACUUCAAAAGGGAAGACAGCCUACAUUAAACUCGAAGAUAAAGUUUCAGGGGAGCUUUUUGCUCAGGCACCAGUAGACCAGUAUCCCGGUAUAGCUGUGGAGACAGUGGCAGAUUCUAGCCGCUACUUUGUAAUCCGCAUCCAGGAUGGUACUGGGCGCAGUGCAUUUAUUGGCAUCGGCUUCACAGAUCGGGGAGAUGCUUUUGACUUUAAUGUUUCCUUACAGGAUCACUUCAAGUGGGUCAAACAGGAAUCUGAGAUUUCCAAAGAAUCUCAGGACAUGGAUAAUCGUCCUAAGUUGGAUCUAGGCUUCAAGGAAGGACAGACCAUCAAAUUGAGUAUUGGGAACAUUACAACCAAGAAAGGAGGUGCUUCUAAACCCAGGACUUCAGGGGCUGGGGGCCUAAGCUUACUCCCACCACCACCUGGAGGCAAAGUUACCAUUCUCCCACCAUCUUCCUCAGCUCCCAUCAGCAAUCAUGUCACUCCACCACCCAUUCCAAAAUCUAACCAUGGAGGUAAUGAUGCAGAUAUCCUGUUAGAUUUGGAUUCUCCUGCCCCUGUCACGGCUCCAGUACCAGCUCCAGUUUCUGCAAGCAGUGACUUGUGGGGAGAAUUCAGCACUGCAUCCAGCUCUGUUCCAAAUCAGGCACCACAGCCAUCCAACUGGGUCCAGUUUUGAAUUUCAUUGGCAGGACAGACUUGAAUAAAAAUGACCCUGGGGGCACCAUGCUAUGAGGGAAGUUAGGAACUAACACAAAUGGACAAUCUUUUUCUUAGCUUCUCCACUGCAUUCAAGCUGAUUUUUGUCACCUUUGUUGUUACUUACUGUGCAGCCAAGAGAGUAUCUGUUAUUCCUGCUCAUAAACAAGGCAGGGGCUUACCACACUGUGGCUGACCAUGCAGAGUUCAAAAGGGCCAAUGACCUCUGGUAUCUAAAAAUUUUCUGUAUCCUUUUCAGUUCUUGAACUUGUAAUCAUCUCAUGAAUUGUGUGCCUCUUGGUGAAGCCAUAUUUGGCAAUUUCAGGGGACACAAAAACCUUGAAACUUCUCCAUUAAUCUAAAAUUUCAAAAAUAGAGUGACCUCAGAGUGAGAGUUUUGAGGGUAGGUUUGGAGAAGGGCCUGUCCUGGGUGUCUUGUAAGACCUCCAUCAGGCUCUAGCAGUCUUAGCUUACAACCAGUGCUGAAUGAGGCUCUGUUGCCCUCUUGUGUGUUCACGUCUUUUCCUAUGAUAAGAGGGUCGUCUGUGGCACCUCCAUUCUGUUUGUUGAAUAGUUCAUCAUCUUAGACACAGUGGGUGUUUCUGGGAUGAAGGAGGCUCAAGAGGCUGUGCUUUCUAAGUUAAACAGCCUAUAGAAGUAUUUAAUAUCUUGCAACUCCAUGUAGUUGCUAUAUUUGAAGCACAGCAUUGAUUUAUAUUAUCCUUUAGCUGACCUAAAGUUGAAGAGUUCCAUGUUUUUACCCUGGUCUGUGGAACACAGAGGUUGAAAGCACUUAACUCAUUCAGUGCCCAUACUGCCUUGCUGUCUGGUUAUCUAAUUCCUUUCUGCAAACAUUGCAUUUUCAGUCCAUCUAGCUCUUCAUUGAAAGCUGCUCUUGUUUAUUUGUCAUGUAUGAAGGAAGCUGGAGAGCCACAGCUUUAUUGUGACAGGUUUUAUCCCCAGGCCUUUAUCCAUCAGCUAGGCUAUAUUAAGUCUUAACUAUAAAAUUGUUGUCUCACUCCUUUCCCUCUGCCCCACCCCACUUCUUUUAAAAUGCUGUGAAGAGUCCCCCUCCUCAGAUGAAUGGGUAGUAUCUGUUUUGCUUGUUAAUGGGCAAAUUUGAGGAUGAAAUAGGAAGAUACACAUUCUUCCUUACCUAUUUGUAUAUGUACAUUCUGGCUGAAGAGGGCCUAUAUUUAGUUUCAAAUAAAUUAUUUCUCCUGUAUUUCUUUCUAACUUUUUCUAAAAGUUAGUUUUGGGUCCAUUGUGUUUUUCAUUGCCUUCCUUUUCAGGCAGCUCUAUUAUUGCAGAGCCGUGGUAGGACAUUUCAAAAUUCCAAUUAACACACUAAAAGUCUGUGAAUUACUAGUAAUUAACUACUGGGACGCCUAGUUUCUCAAUCUUCCUCCAUGUUGUGUGCUUUGUAUUCUUAAGAUGAUAAUAUAUUAUGUAUUUGAAUUGUGUAAAAUUGAAUAUGAAGUUUAAGAUAUAUGUAUAUAAAGUAUAUGUUGUACUGGUGCAAUAAUGGUAAUUAAAAUAUAGAAAAAUA